GCGUAGUACGGAAAGAACUGAAAGCAUCUCCCAGCGCGCGUAUUUUGUUAUCAAUCGCCAGUAACACACACAACACACAACACAAAAGCGACAGCAUCAACAACACAAACAACGAGUCAAGUGAAAGUUGUGUGUCAGUGUGGAAAUAGAAGUGAAAGUGAAGCACAAUACAAAUAAAUCACGAGUCAAAAAUACCAAACAACAAGAGGGUAUAAGUUAAGCCGUCGUACCACAGAGAAGAAGAAAUCACAUGAAAACAAAUAGUUUUUGUUCCACAAAAUACGAAAUAAAACAUUUAUAAAGUCUGUCACGAGCACUUUUAAAAAAUUUCAAACUAAAAUGCAAAAACGUUAAGCUCAUGCAUCGAAUUGUGUGGUGCGUAUGAACAUCGAAUUAAAGCGAGGAGUGUACAUUGCAACAAUUGCUCGCGCAUCGAGUUCUGACUGCUUUCACAGCUGAAACUAAAAGGCAGCAAAAAUGUAUGGCUUUGUUAACUACGCCUUGGAGCUGCUGGUGCUCAAACAUUUCGGCGAGGAGAUAUGGGAGAAGAUCAAGAAAAAAGCCAUGGUCAGCAUGGAAGGACAAUUUCUGGUCCGACAAAUUUACGACGAUGAAAUAACGUACAAUCUAAUUGGAGCAGCUGUUGAGAUACUCAAUAUACCCGCAGAUGAUAUCCUGGAGCUGUUCGGCAAGACAUUCUUUGAGUUUUGCCAGGACUCUGGCUACGAUAAAAUUCUGCAGGUCCUGGGCGCCACACCACGUGAUUUUCUACAGAAUCUGGAUGCAUUGCAUGACCAUCUGGGCACCCUGUAUCCAGGAAUGCGUGCACCCUCGUUCCGGUGCACAGAGAAGGAUGGCGAACUGCUGCUUCACUAUUACUCCGAACGACCCGGACUCGAGCACAUUGUCAUCGGCAUAGUCAAGGCCGUUGCAUCGAAGCUGCAUGGCGUCGAGGUGGAAAUCGACAUUGUGAAGCGCAAGGGCGAGCCCAUCGAUGAGGCCGAGAAGCUGCGCGCCCUGGCAAGGGAGCAGCAACAAUUGGAUAGUGAGGCGUCUACAUCGCCGCAGCCACCAGCAGCGGAUGCCGAGCAGAAUAAUAAUCACAAUGCCAGCAACAAUAGCAGCGGUGGGGAUAGUGUUGCAAAUGGCGCCGGCAGGAGCAACAACAACAACAACGAUGGUGUGCAGGCUGAUGAGAGGGCAGCGAGUUCGAGCAGAAAGCAAGCAGCAGGCGAGCAAUGUCCCUUUCGGACCAAUGCAUCCACACCCUUGCCACCUGCCAGCACGCCCAGCGGCCCACCUGUGCAGGACAGCUUCGACUGCGAUGGCGAUAAGGACCAGAAAUGUUUGCGCCUCCUCAAAAACAAGAGCGACGACAUCGAGCGCUACGAUCAUGUUCAGUUCCUCAUACGUGAAAUAUCCUCGACAGGCAAAUCACAGUUGGAUGCCAAAAAAGAUGAGGUCAUAGCCAGCGAUGACGUGGAUUUUUUGUGUGAAGCUCCGCUUAUAUCGCCGGCCACUUUCUGCAAGGUGUUCCCAUUUCAUCUCAUGUUCGACAGACAAAUGAAAAUUGUGCAGGCCGGGAAAUCGGUGUCCCGUGUAAUACCCAGAGUGGCCGAGGAGAACUGUUCCCUAAUAGAAGUGGUUGAGGCCAUACGCCCACACUUGCAGCUGACAUUUGAAAAUGUUUUGUCGCACAUAAACACAAUCUACGUGCUGCAGACGCGACAGGGCGCCUUGGGACGCAACGAGCAACGUUAUUUGAGACUGAAGGGACAAAUGAUGUAUAUACCCGAAACCGAUCGCAUUUUAUUUCAGUGCUAUCCGAGCGUUAUGAACUUGGACGAUUUGACAAAGAAGGGGCUGUACAUCUCGGAUGUGCCCCUGCACGAUGCCGCCAGAGACCUGGUGCUGCUCUCUGAGAAAUUCGAGGCCGAGUACAAGCUGACUAAGAACCUGGAAAUGCUCACGGACAAACUGCAGCAAACGUUCCGAGAUCUGGAGAGUGAGAAGCAGAAAACGGACAGACUCCUCUACUCGGUCCUACCCAAAUCCGUGGCGAAUGAGUUACGACACCAGCGUCCAGUGCCGCCCAAACGGUACGACUCCGUAACGCUCAUGUUCUCGGGCAUUGUCGGCUUUAGUCAAUACUGUGCGGCCAAUACGGAUCCCGAGGGCGCCAUGAAAAUUGUGAAAAUGCUUAACGAGCUAUACACGGUCUUCGAUGCGCUCACCGACUCCAAGCGUAAUUUGAAUGUAUACAAGGUGGAAACUGUCGGUGAUAAAUACAUGGCUGUCUCGGGACUGCCCGACCUAUGUGAGGAUCAUGCCAAGUGUAUGGCACGUGUUGCUCUAGAUAUGAUGGAUAUGGCCAAGAAUGUGAAAAUGGGCACGAAUCCAGUGCAAAUCACCAUUGGCAUUCACUCUGGAGAGGUGGUCACUGGCGUAAUUGGCAAUCGCGUGCCUAGGUACUGUCUUUUUGGCAACACGGUGAAUCUGACGAGCCGCACGGAGACCACCGGCGUUCCCGGCCGCAUUAACGUCAGUGAGGAAACAUACAGCUUGCUGUGCCAGGAGAUCAACCAGGACGAUUCGUUCCAUCUGGAGUAUCGCGGCCCGGUCAUAAUGAAAGGCAAGCCAACGCCCAUGAAUUGCUGGUUCCUGACGCGCGCCACUGGCACGGGAAGCAGUGGCGCCACUAAUCCCAGUGGAAACGGCAGUCUCGACUCGCCUCUACUGCAACCUACAACGCCAACGUCCGCACAGACGCCCACACUGACGCGCACGGGUCAUGCAAGCGUCUCACGUACAUCCUCGGCUGGAGCUGGCGGUUCAGCUGCUAGUGGCGGUAGCGGUGGUGGUGUUGGGGUAACCCCUUCCUCCACAGCUGCAUCCGCAUCUACUGCAUCACAGCAGGCAGAAGCAUAGAAAAUGUGUACGGAUUCGUCUUGCUGCUGCUGAAAUAUCCUGUAAAGUCGCCACCACAAGUCUACAUACGUGAAUUUGCGCAUGACUUCACCAACUAUCCAACUGCCUGUCCACCCCUUCUCCAGAUCCACCGUAGUCUGCAAAUACACACAAGCCACAAGCAACGAGCCACGAGCCACUUAACCACUUCAUUUCUACGGCAUUGUAUUUGUCUUGGCCUGCAUGCAUGUGUGCGUCUGUAUGUGUCUGCGUUUGUUGUUGUUGUUGGUGUUGAUGUUGGUGUUGGUGUUGCUCCUAUAAGCUGCUGGCUCCUGUUGGCUCCACGUUGCGGUCGUAUCGCUGUGCAAGGCAAGACGAACGAUAAAAGCAAAGAAAUGCAAGUCAGAUGGGCGUACAACACCUGUAAAAAUCAGCUAUAUAUACAAUAUAUAUACAAUAACUAUAUUCAAAGCUUCAUUAAAUAUGUGUGCCAGGGAAAUAUUUGUUACCAUUUUAGUAUGUAUAGUAUGUAUGUAUUUAUUCUACUUUGUGAUGGUUUCUUAGGCUGACCCUUGUGCUAUAUACUCGUACAUAUGUACAUGUAAUUUAUAUACACACUAUAAAUCUAAUUAAAUCAAGUAAUUAAUGCAAAUAACUAACAAUUGUACUCGUAUAAUGUAAACGUACCAAGAACUGUAAGCAACAAAUAUGGGCAACAAACUAAGGCACAUAUUCUAAUCAACACUACUUGCAAAGUUUAUGCGUUUAGUUAAGUAAGUAAUAUUUAAGACAACUCUCACAUACUUACUAUACAUAGUUGAAAGACUCACCAACUACUAAGGAAAUAGAAAGCGACAGCAAACUGUCAAAAUAUAUAUAGAACAACACAUACUAUAUGUUCAGCAUUCGCAAACCACAAGAUAUCGAGCGGCGGCUUGGCACAACUUUGCUGUAAACUACUAUACAGGGCUAUCGACCAGAAACCCAGAAAUUUUACCAACACAAAAAUGCACUAUCUACUAAAUAAAUAUGAGAACAAACUACAUAUAUACUAUAUAGUACAACAUCUAUAUAUGAGUAUAAAUUAUAUGUUCACAAAACAACUAAGAAAAUAAUUAAGUAAUCUCUCAAUAGAGAAAUCCAACUAGCAACACUACAAAAACCGCUCUGUGCAUCACUUAAUUUAUUUUAAGAAAAUUUAUGUAAAGUUCUGACAAAUCUGUACUACAACUACAACUGAAAAUAGCUUUAUAGUUCUUAAGAUGUCGCUCGAGCAUAUGAAGGUAACUGAAAAUCAUUGCCUAAUUAAGUGAAUGUAUUAAAUAUUAUCCCUUAUUAUAUUCCGUUUAUAUACUCAUAAGAGCAAAAUACAUUAGCACAGACAUACUAUAUCCAUAGAAAAAUACGCCACACAAUUAUUCGUACUAAAUAACUUGUUCAGUUGAAAGUUCUUAGAGCCUAAGCAAUAGUUGUAGGAUUGCCGGCAAUUGGUUGUAGCCAGGAUUGGGAGCGAGUGAAGCCAUUUUUUUUUAGCGUUGAAAAACGUGCAGAGGAGGGAGAAGUGAAGUUAUAAGGUAAUAUCUUUUAAAUUUCUCUCUCUCUCUUUCUCUAUCUAUCUCUCUCUCUCUCCUUUCCCCUUCUCUUAAGUGUAAAUGUUAAAUAUGUUGAAACAAAAAAAAAUAUUGUA